AUGGAAGCUAAAAACCAAACUACAGAGUUUGUGAUGGUGGGGUUUUCCUUUCAUCCAGAGCUUCAGAACUUGCUCUUUAUGGUGACUUUCAUCAUGUACAUGGUGUCGUUGUUGGGGAACAUCCUCAUCAGUGCCACAGUUUGGCUUGACCCAGCUCUUCACACCCCCAUGUACUAUUUCAUCUCCAACCUGUCCUUGGUUGACAUCUGCUACACCACGGUCACCGUCCCCAAGAUGCUGGAGAAGCUGCUUUCUCAGGACAGAACCAUCUCUUUCACAGGCUGUGCUGCCCAAUUGUACUUCCUUCUUUCUCUAGGGACCACUGAAUGCUUCUUCCUUGCUGCCAUGGCGUACGACCACGUCUUGGCCAUCUGUAACCCUCUGCGGUAAAUGAUCCUCAUGAACAAGAGCCUGUGUGGCCAGCUGGUGGCUGGCGCCUGGGUCAGAGGUUUGCUGCUCUCUUUGGGUCAGACCUCAUUUGUCCACCUGCCCUUCUGUGGGGACAACCGGAUCAACCAUUUCUUCUGUGACAUUCCUCCCCUCUUGACCCUGGCCUGCAGAGACACCGCCAGGAACGAAAUUGCCGUCUUUGUAGCUGGGAUGUUAAUUGUGCUGAUCCCUUCUUUGUUGAUCCUGGGGUCGUAUAUCCACAUCCUCUCCACCAUCCUGAAGAUCAAUUCGACCCAGGGAAGACACAAAGACUUCUCCACCUGCUCCUCUCACCUCAUAGUCAUCACUCUGUUCUACGGCUCUGCCAGCACCAUGUACCUGAGCCCCAGGUCCUGCUAUGCCCCGGAGAGUGACAAAUUCCUGGCCCUGCUCUACUCUGUUUUGACACCCAUAUUAAACCCCAUUAUCUACAGCCUGAGAAGCAGAGAUAUCAAUAGAGCCCUGAGGAGGGUCAUAACCUCAAAUAUAUUUCUUCUCAAGAUGUGA